AUGAAGGUCUUCGCGUUGUUCACCGCCAUCGCCUCCGUCAUUGCUACAGCGACUGCCCAGAGUGCCACAAUCUCAUUACCGGCAAAUGGCACUGUCAUCGCAUCUGGGGCUACCUUUACCAUUCAGUUGGAGCAAGGGGACUUCCCUGAAAACGUGAACCAAGUUGGAAUCGCCCUCGGGCUCGCUCCAUGCCAGUAUAUAGAUUGCAACACAUAUGAUGCGUCGCAGGAGAUUGGCAAUCUCCUGUACGCAGGGCCCUUUAACCCACAGUUUGGGCCUGGGGGGCCACCGUCGGCAGAGCCCUUUGAGAACUUCACCGUGCAGGCGCCAUCUGGAGUGUCAGGAGCAUAUGCACUCAGUCUGACGCAACUGGAGCUCAUCGGAGAUGGGUACGAACGAGUAUACUUAGUCAGCAACAUUAUCGUCGAGAUCCAGUGA